AGCAUGAUAUGCGCAUCUCGGAAGACUUUCACUUCGACUUCAACUCGGACGAGACACGAGAGAAGGUCAACGGUGCCAGGACACAUGAAUUGAUCACCCACACAAAGGCCAAUUAUAUCAACGCGUCCGGUGAAUUAGGGUAG